AUGGCACCGAAGACUCAGACCAAGGGCAAAGCGUCCCAGAAGGCUACCGCCGCUGCUAAGGCUGCCCUCAAGGGUGCCAGCGCCCACAAGAAGCAGAAGGUCCGCUACACGACCAGCUUCCACCGCCCAAAGACCCUGCAGCUGUCGCGUGCUCCCAAGUACCCGCGCAAGUCCAUCCCCCAUGCCGUGCGCCUGGACGAGCACAAGGUCAUUGUGCACCCGCUCAACACCGAGAGCGCCAUGAAGAAGAUUGAGGAGAACAACACGCUCGUCUUCAUCGUCGACGUCAAGGCCAACAAGGCCCAGAUCAAGCAGGCCUUGAAGAAGUUGUACGACAUUGACACCGUCAAGAUCAACACGCUGAUCCGCCCCGACGGCACCAAGAAGGCCUACGCCCGCCUUACCCCCAAUGUCGAUGCCCUCGACAUUGCCGCCACCAAGCUGGCCCUCGUCUAA